UCACGUCUGCGCUCGAGCCUCUCCAUUGGCCGUCUCGCGCUCAUUUAGCUGCUGUCAGAGCGCGCGGUCCCGGGCACGCUCCGGUAACUUUUCCCAGUUCAGCUUCAACCAAAGUAAAGCUCCAACAAACCAGUUCAGCUUGAACCAGUAAAGCUUCUCUUCUGGCCGCUCGUGGAUGACAGGAACAAAAAAAAAAAAGAGGAACUUUAUACCUGAGAGGAUUUUUUUCAGCGCAGCACCUUUUCAUCGUUUCUUCUUCUCGUCUUCUCGGAGGAUCAGUCUGAAUGUUUCUGCGUAUCUGACUCCAACACAGCGAGGUGAAUGUACAGCAUCAUGAUGGAGACGGACUUGCAUUCCCCCGUGGUGCCCCAGACCAACCCGGCCAACCCGGGGGGGCACACGGGAGGAGGAGGAGGCGGCGGCGGGGGGAAAGUCCCCCAGGACAGAAUCAAGAGACCCAUGAACGCCUUCAUGGUGUGGUCCCGGGGCCAGCGGAGGAAGAUGGCGCAGGAGAACCCCAAAAUGCACAACUCGGAGAUCAGCAAGAGGCUGGGCGCGGAGUGGAAGGUGAUGACGGAGGCCGAGAAGAGGCCGUUCAUCGACGAGGCGAAGCGGCUCCGGGCCAUGCACAUGAAGGAGCACCCGGACUACAAGUACCGGCCGCGGAGGAAGACCAAGACGCUCCUCAAGAAGGACAAGUACUCUCUGGCCGGGGGGCUCCUCGGCUCCACGGGGAUGGGUGGAGGGCAGCGGCUGGACAGCCCGGGAGGAGGGCACGCGGGGGCAAACUCCGGCUACGCCACGCACGUGAACGGCUGGGCGAACGGCACGUACUCGGGGCAGGUGGCUGCGGCGGCGGCGGCGGCUCACGCCAUGAUGCAGGAGGCGCAGCUGGCGUACACGCAACACCCGGGCUCCGGUGCGCACCCGCACCACCCGCACGCCCACCACCACCCUCACCACCACCCGCACAACCCGCAGCCCGUGCACAGGUACGACAUGAGCGCCUUAUCGUACAGCCCCAUCUCAAACUCUCAGAGCUACAUGAGCGCGUCCCCGCCGGGCUACGGAGGCAUCACCGGCUACACCCACCAGCACCAGAGCUCCGGGGUGUCUCCGGUGUCCGGGGCCCUCGGGGGGACUUUGGGCUCCCUCGUGAAGUCUGAGCCGAGCGUGAGCCCCCCGGUGUCUGCAGCGCGCGGCCCGCCGUGCCCAGCGGGGGACCUGCGGGACAUGAUCAGCAUGUACCUGCCGACCGGAGAGGUGGCGGGGGACUCGAGCGUUCACAGCAGACUGCACGUGCUCCACCCGCAGCACUACGCGAGCAGCGGCUCAGCUCCGGUAAACGGGACGGUCCCCCUCACUCAUAUUUAAUGUCUCCGUGUUAAAGCACCAAAACAACCAAAUAUUGACGCGUAGUUUGGCACAGGCUGCUGCUGAGGAAGGUGAAGAAUUGUAAAUUACGAGGCGCUUAGAGCCAUAAAUGCAAUCACUUUGAUCAAACUUCUUUUUUAUUUUGAAUCUAUAUUUUAAUUUCACUCUCAUGAUGGAUUUCUGUCUGUCCCACUUACACACACACUGCUCUCUGGAACAGGGCAUGCCAACUUUUGACACGAUUUUAAAUUAUAAUCCGUGAAGGCUGGUGCGUUUUUUUUAAAGGUUAAUUUUUUUUCCGACUUUUUUCAGUGGAAUUAAAGGCACCAGCUGUGUGAGCGUAUAAUAGACGCGGUGUGGAGGAUGUGUUUAGACCGAGUUGAAGGCUGCGGGUUGAAUUGAUUUCCACUUUUUAAUGCUUGUAAAACAUGUGAGUCAGUCGUUGUAAUUUGAAUUUGUUUCUGUUGUUGUACAAUCUUGUAAAUUGUGAAUAAAUAGGCCUACUGAAAACGCCUGAUGAAAUGGUAUAAUUUACAGAAACAGCUCGGGAAACACGACGUUUAAGGUUUUUAUUUCACCCUCAGAAUCAUUUCAAAAGCUGCUUUUCUCACCUCUCUAAAGUCAACUUUUUAUCACCUGUACUGUCGUGUGCCUCACUCUGUUUCUGCUGCUUCAAUAAAGCUUUAAAUAUA